UUUUACUCUUUUCUUUUCUGUUGAAUUAACUUUUUUUUUAAGGACGAAUACCCAUUUGUUAGUAUUAGUUGGUAUCCUUUAAAUGAAGAACAAGAAACUACCUCCCAGUCCAUAUACCAUGUUACGUCAAUCAGCAAAAACAACUAAACCUGUCAAUCCUUGGGGUCGUAUCGUAUUGGCCGUUAUUGGUAUUCUCUUUGCCAUGGUAGCAGUCUUUGUCCCUGAACAAUCUUGGUUAUCAGUAAUUGAAACUUUACUCAAUAGUCAUUCUGACGAUUGUUUUAGAUAUGCAUUGAUGAUAGACGCUGGUUCCACUGGUUCCCGUAUUCAUGUUUAUCAAUUCCACCAAUGUCAAGGAAGCACUGAACCUUUAAAGUUCCAUGAUGAAAUUCUCUUCAAACAAAACUAUCCCUGGACCUCUCUGCCUAUUCUCCUUUAUCCAUUUGUGAUUGUGGGUGGACGAAAGGAAGGUGUGACCAUUAUGGAAGGCCGAGAUGAAGGUGUGUACGCAUGGAUCACUGUCAAUUCUUUACUUGGACGUUUGGGUACCAAUAAUACAGCAGCUAUCUUUGAUCUUGGUGAAUCAUUAGACAACUUACCAGCACUUGAUCACAAAUACGAACUCCAACAUGAUGGUCAUCAUCAUAUACUUUAUCAACACUCUUAUUUGGGCUAUGGUUUGAUGGAAGCAAGGAAAUUGGUGCAUCAACAUGUAUUCUCAUCAUUGGAUGGACAGGCGAUUGAUCUUAAACAUCCUUGUCUUCCUGCUGGCUUAGCAUGGGCGUAUCAACUUGAAGAAUGUAGGGCAGUGAUUGAUCAUGUACUGGAUAAAAAUGCAAUGUGCGAAACAGCACCUUGCUCUUUCAAUGGUGUCCAUCAACCUACUAUCAGUGAUUCAUUUCACACAAGGUCCUAUCUAUGUUUUCUCUACUUUUUUGAUCGAACUCAACCUCUUGGUUUACCUGCUCAAUUCAAACUUCCCGAACUGGCGGCACUUGACAGAAAAGUAUGCUCUGGCGCUUAUUUGCAAUCUAUCACUGAUGAUGAUCUACGUGGUGAAUUGUUGGAUCGACACUGAAUGGUGUUUAGAUUUGACUUAUAUCUAUCGUCUUUUGUCAUUUGGCUAUGAAAUCCCUGAUCAUCGUGUCAUCAAUGUGGCCAAGAAAAUCGAUGGUGUGGAAACUGGUUGGUGUUUGGGCGCUGCCAUUGCCUUGUUGGAUGAUUUUGUCUCUUCUUAGUUUAGCUUGGUAAUAGACCUUGUAUAUAUAUAUUUAUAUUUUUUUUUUUAUGAUGAUGAUGAUAAAAAAUAAACGGUCUCUUUAUUUUAAAUAAUUACUAUGUGGAACUUUUUUUAGACAGAUAAUGAGUUUGAUUGGGCCAAGAUAUGAAGACAAAAUG